GGACUGAAUGACUGGCUGUGUCCUCUGUCCUGCUCAGAAUCACAGAUUAUGCUGCUUGUCUGGGAGGAAAACAAAGCUUAGAGACCAACGAUGAAGUCAGAGAAGGAUGCUCCUUUCAAAGCCAAAAUAAUUUUCCAAAUUUUGCUGUUUGUGUCCGUUGGUUUCUUCUAUUCAGGUGAGGUGUCGGCGGUGAAUAUGACCGUCCCCAACAGUCUGAUCAGAGGUUCAGCAGGAGGGGAGGCCGUUCUGUCUGUCUGCUACAGCAGUUUCAGCCUGGACCUGCCAGUCAUCAAGUGGCAGCUCAGGAGGGAAAAGUCUAUCACUGUUGUCCAGUCAAUUGGAACGGAAAUCAUUGGGACUCUGAGACCUGAGUAUCGCGACCGCAUCCUGGUUUUCGAGAACGGGACUCUGCUCCUCCACAACCUCAGGCUCUCCGAUGACGGAAAAUAUGACGUGGAGAUCUCCAUCACGGAUGACACCUUCCCGGGAGAAGGAAGCAUCACACUCACUGUGGAUGAACCUAUAUCCAGGCCCUAUAUCGACAUGGAGUCCACAUCAGUGCUAGAGCUCAGUGAAAACAUUAUCCUCAACUGCUCCCAUGACAACGGAACCAGGACUACAUACAGGUGGUUCAAAGGUGGCAAGCCGCAGACCAACGAAACACGAUUCGUAUUGUCACCAGACCAGAAGCUCUUGACCAUCAGACGAGUGUUGAUGGCAGAUGAUGACAUCUACAGCUGCGCAGUGGAGAAUCCUGUGGGCAACAUGACAAGCCUGCCCAUCAGACUGACUGUCUACAGAAGAAGUUCCCUCUAUAUCAUUCUUUCCACUGGAGGCAUCUUUCUCCUCAUCACCUUGGUAACAGUGUGUGCCUGCUGGACGCCUUCCAAAAAGCCAAGACAUCCACCUAGAAAGCCUCUCUCCAGGAUAUAUGACCACUCUCAUCGCUCAACAAUCAGUAACAGAGCUGAUGUGAUUCCAAGAUUGACAGAGCACAAUGGAAUAAAUGCAGUAACAUCACUUUACAUCCUGCAGCAAAAGGAUCCCUCAAUGGAUGACUCGUCCAGCAACAGUAUUGGAUCUCCUGAACUUGACAACCCACCGUGUUACACCAGCUACACCAGUUCACUUACCCCUGGGUCCCCUGCCUGUUCCUCCCAUAAGUACACCUGAAAGCCCCUCAGUUUGACCUUUUCAUGCCGCAGCAACUGGGAGGUCAGACUGUCCUACUGGAUCAUUCUCCAGAUACCAACUUACUGCAAAUCCGCCUGGACUAUGGGAACGAACUAAAAAACGUUUUCUGGGGUUUGACAAUGUCAUUGCUGCCUGAUUAUAUUAUACAAUAACUGUAACUUAAAUAGCAGUUGGCUGGCUAGAAGUAAAGCCCAUAUAGGGAAACGUGAAGGCAAUGUGAAAUGACACAAGGUUUUAAACAGCAUUAAAGUCUGUGUUUGGGUUUACUAGACAACACCAUUAUUGUUAUUUACUUGAAUAACAAAAUUCAAAGUUUCGGAAAAGGCAUGAAGUCUUCAUGAAGCUAAUGUGGGGUUGGUAAGACACAACGGUAAAAGUUUAAUGUAAUGGAGAGCAUACAGCUCUUUACACUUUAUUGUAAUCAUUAAUCAUCACCAUACAAGACGGGAUUAGAUUUUUGCAAAGAAAAACAUAUCAACACAUUUUGUCUCUGAAGAGUGCUGUGAAAUACAGCAGUUACUUUGUAAUAUUUUAUGAUUACUGUUUAAGUGUUACUUGAUGACUUAAUCCCACUGGGAAGAAAGCUAAUAGCAUGUUAAAGGAGGGGACAUGGUAUUAAAAAUGUAUGAGUGGAGUGAGCAUACUUAGACUUAAUAAUCACCUCAUUGGUUUUAAAUGACAUCAUCGUCAUAGAGUUUCUACAGUACAUGGUCUGUUGUCAGGAAUCCUGGUAAAGGAACAACAGACAGUCGACCCCAUUAUUAUAUCACGUAUCAUCCCAUGAAAUAUGCUCUACUUCCUUCCUUUUGGCACCAGCCCCAUUUUGAAAUCCAGAGCAGUCAAGUGGAUGUGUUGUUCUAGGUACGAACCAUGGAAAGCUAAAUCAUACAAUUUAUCUAUUUACAAGGGUUAGGGUUUAAAGAUGAAUAAAUACAGAUUUUCUUUUAUCGGCUGGUUUUGCAUCACCCCCGAUGUCUAUGUUCACUUAAAAACGAAUGUAUGUGGCUCUGUGCUUGUUACUUGUCUCUUUAUAGUAACGGGACAAUGACUGUAUAUCGGCUGUACACAGGUAUAACUUCACCUGUUGGGGUGCCCCCCUAUUGGAUUUUAAGCGCCAUGGUUAUUUGCUCGUGUCAUGGUAAAUACAAAAAAUGACACAUUGUGAGUUCGAAGAUUUAUUGACAUAAGAUGUGUUACUGUGACAUUUAUAAUUUUCAAUGGGGUUACAGCAAUGACGUGAGAAAUAUUCCAUUUCAUAAGAUUCUAUGAUGACUCUCCACACAUUCUGUAUUGCUGGAAACAGUUUUGGAUAUACUUCUAUUUGUGGGAGUGCUUAAGACAAUGCUGCUAAAAAAAACAAAAAACUACAUUAGAGAUAUGAAGUUGGGAGAUUAUUUGUUUUUAAAUAAAGCAUACCCACAGCCGAAAUGAAAAAGGAUAAAACGGACAGUGUACUCAUGCAGGCACAUAAACUUUUUUUUUUUUUUUACAUUAUCAUCUAUGAAAAUAGUGCCACCAUCACAUACGAUUUUCUGAAUAAAAGCCUUUACUGUUGAAUAGACAA